UCGUAUUCCUAUCCUCGGUUUCAUCUUGAUCCAUCCUCUACACCUCCAGGUCUUCUUCCUCAUCCUUCAAAUAUGGCUCCUCACCCGCACCUAGGCUGGGUCAACCCCGUAAUCCCGCACGAAUCCGCCGACCCAGGCACAUACUACGACCCUGUCUCUCGCAAGUACUACACCUUUGUGACCAACUGCGAAGGGGUAGCCUGCCGAUGCUGGUAUAGCGACGACCUAUGUUCCUGGACCAAGCAUGAGGCCGAUGUGCUUCCUGGACCGCACCCGGCGUGGAUUGGGGAAGGAGGGUGGAAUUGGGCUCCAGAAGUCAUCUCAGCACCGCAAGGGCGACCUGGUCACCUCAUGUACAUCUCCUGCAAGGACAAGUCGACGGACAAGCAGUGCAUUGGUGUAGCUUACACCGAGGGGGGACCGCUAGGCCCUUAUCGCUUCAUAUCGCACGGCCCGCUCAUCUCGCACGGCGAGUCCGGAGGCUGCAUAGAUCCGCAGCCAUUCGUGGACCCGCAGACUGGCAAGAGGCAUUUAGUGUUCAAGAACGAUACAGACAAGAUGUACACGAAAAAGGCCCAACUCUGGAUUCGAGAGCUCAGCGAGGACGGUCUAGGUUUCGCAGCCGAUCGAGUAGCGCUUCAGGCUCCGAGCUCGAAGUAUCAACAUGACCUCCUCGAAGCACCUUACCUGACCUACCACGCUCCGAGUCGGACUUAUUGUCUCUUCUACUCGUCCGGGACUUUCACUACGGAGGGCUACGCCACCUCGUAUUCCAUCUCGCGCUCAGGCCUGCAUGGGCCGUACGUUCCCUCGGGCCGCCCGCUCCUCUAUACCGACGUGCCUCGUGGGAUCCGCGGUCCGGGUGGGGCGUGCGUGAUCCAGGGGGUGGAGGGGCAUUGGUUCAUUUUGUUCCAUUCGCUUGAAAGAGAGGGAGGAGCGAGGAGGACGUGCAUUCAUCGGUUGGAGUGGGAGGAGGACGGGACGCCUAGAUUGCCAGGACGACCCUGCGAGGGCAAACGCAUCCGACUGGGCGCGGAGCAUGAAGAUGAUCAAGCACAUGGUUUCCCUGCUCACCCAAACGAGACGGGCAAGUCUCCGAUGAUGGGCGGGCACAGUGGUGCGGUCAAGGCUGGGAUGCAGAAGGUCUUUAAUGCUCUCAAGUAGCGCCUCUCCCCUCGCGCUCCCCUCGCGGUCUGUGUGUGUGCGUGUCUAUCUCUGAUUGUAUUUCACUCUCGCACCUACUCCUGUACAUCCCGGAACAGCUUACGCAACCACUCCGUCUCGGCAAGUAGCUCCUCGCGCGUACGAGGUGGACGAUCCUCAUCGUCUGGCCCUCCCUGCUUCUCUACGCCCGCAGCAGCCGAGCUGGGCCUCUUGCCCGUCGUGGCAUCGAAGCCCCACUUCUCCAGCUCGGCAUAGACGGCGUCCGACGGCGUAAAGUCGCCCU